CAGGUCCUGCAAUCCGUCGAUGCUUGAGCCUCACAGAUCAUCACACGCAACCAUUACGGUCACCUUCGACGCUGCUACCAUGUCAAUAUUUUGAUGAUGUAUCUAUGACGUCUCCGCUAGAACUAGUGCGGCAUUCACGCCCAGACCCAUGUAAAGUAUCGCUGGGUCCUGGAAGGCUGGUAGACAUUGCAUUUCGAAAUGUCUCUUUCAGACGCAUACAACAGCGCGAAGCGUGCUAUUUCAUCCGCCCCGCCGAACAAUUCCUACCUUCGCUGGGAUGCGCCUGGCGUGGAGGCACCAAAGCCUAACGAGGCUGAGACGGCAAAGAAGAUUGGAGAGACGAUGAACCGGAUGCAACAGCACAACUUCGAUCAGCACAGGCAUGCUUAUCGGGCAACUCACGUCAAGACGCAGGGCAUCGUCAAGGGCAAGAUGACUGUGCUUCCGGAUUUGCCGGCACAUCUACAGCAAGGCCUUUUCAAGACCCCGGGGGAGACUUACGAUGUUGCAGCACGAUAUGCCAACGAGCCUGUCUUUCUUCAGGCCGACCAGGAACCUGGGCCUCGCGGUCUGGGAAUGCGAGUAUUUGGAGUGCAGGGAAAGAGGCUUCAAAGCGCUGACCCUGAGGCUAGUACCCAGGAUUUCUUCUUUAACAACGCUCCGUCUAUCGAACUGACCGACAUCGAUACCUGUCUUGAGAUCAUGCAACUGAGAGAGAAGUACUUUGAUAGUCCCUUGAAGCUGGCUGCAGCGACGAAACUAAGGACAGAUGCAAUCAAACAAAGCGCACCUGGUAUGCUUCCGAAUACCAACAUGAUCAGCCACUCGUUUUACACGCAAAGCGCGUUUAGAUUUGGGGAUUGGUAUGGCCACAUGGCGCUUUUUCCAGUGCUUGACGACAUGAAGAACCGAACCGAGAAAGUCAAGAGUGGUGACUCUCGAGAAGUGCUUCGAGACUGGCUGUCGGAAUACUUUGCCCAAAACGGCGCCAAGUAUGAGUUCAAAAUUCAGCUAGGUACCUCACCGGAUCAUCAUCCAACUGAAGACGGAUCAGUAGUGUGGGAUGAAGCUACCGCACCAUACCAGACGAUCGCGACAGUUGAGUUUCCACCGCAAGAUGCCCUGAGCGCCGAGCGACGAGUGUUCUGGGAGGACACAAUGAAGCUGAACCCAUGGGACGGUAUGGUUGAUCACCAGCCACUAGGCAGUAUCAAUCGCUUGAGGAAAACGGUGUAUGAGAUGAGCAGGAAGAAGCGCGAAGGUGCAAACGCCACGCCGACACAAGCAAUCAACAGUGUCGAUGAGGUGCCAUAAACAUCGUGCUUUUGAUUGACGUCAGCAUCACAGGAUCUUCAGCCCAAUAGUGUCUACAAAUCUUCCCCGUCCAAGCAAGAAUUUCCGACACAGUCAAAGUGUAACCUUCACAUAUCAAAUUUCCAUUCAUGCUUUCGAAGCGAGGGAAGCGAUGCUCUCCAGCCACUGUUACACACAGCCAUUACUUUGUCUACCAUGAAUACGAGCUUUUACACACAGAAAUGGCAUCUAAGAAGCUCGUACAGAUUAGGGAACCUAGCCAUGUAGCAGCUGACGUUGAGCUACCAAUUAGCGCGUCUUCAGACGUGG